AUGCCUGGACGACCAUCGGACUCCGGCGACUCCCUCGUCCCUUUCUCGCCGGAGGCCGUGGGCCCGGUGACCCACCGCGUGCACCACGGCCUCAGGUCCCCACUCUUCCGCGUCUACGUCUCCUGGUCCCGCGGGAAUAACCUCCAGGUGGCGUGCAUCCGCCCCCCUCCCCCGGAUUCGGAAACCCUAGAUGGAACCGGCGCCGAAGGCCCCGAGGAGGAGAUCGGGGGAAAGGUGGUGGAGGUGAAGCUCGGCAAUGGCGAGGGGGAGGUCAGCGAAGCGGAGAGGCGGAGGAUUGCGUACGGGUCCGUUGCCCCCUUCGCGCUUCUCCAGAGUCAGAAGAAUUUGUUUGCAGCAUCGUCGAGGAUGCCGAACUCUUCGAUACGCACCGAAUGGUGGCAUCAUGUUCUGGAAUACAGUAAUAGCAUAUCCAAUCUGCUUGGGGAGCGGAAGCCUCUUCCUUCUGCUGUAAUUGAAGAUCCAAAGAUGAUCUUACAGCCUGGCGAGGAGCCUAAGAGUUUGAAGGCUGCGUGGCAGCUCAUGGAGAUAUUCUAUGUCGAUAAGCAGGUGUCGAGUUGGCUUCCGGAGUGUCUUGUUGAUUGGUUAGCAGACUACGACAGUCUCUUGACCAGGACUGAAAGUACAAUACAUACAAAGAUUUCCAGUCUCCAGAAAAAGCUUGAUACCUUGAAGGUUUUUGAGGAUGAUCCUGAUUACUGGGAAGGGCUGUCAGCAGCACUUGCAGUUGGAUGGCUUGACACUGUGGUAAAGUUGCUUAGAUUACAUGGAUCUUAUCAGUUGGAUCAGCUAGACAGCCGCGAGAUUGAAAAUGGGUUGGUAGAGGCGGUUGCUGUUCUUGUUUCAACAAUGCCGCGAAUGCGUCCUGAUUUACCACCUGGAAGAUUAGGUCAAUGCUGUAAGACCAAACAAGAAUAUAUCAAGGCAUGGGAAAAAUGGAGGGGUCAUGUAAGUAAACUCGAAAGCAGUGCAUUUUGGGUGCAAUGCAGCCACCCUGAAACUCGGGAUGGCUUGAGGAAUUUGCUUCAGAUCAUGCUGGGGAACAUCAAGAAUCUUACUGUUGCAACUUGUCAUUGGAUGGAGUUGUUUAUAUCGCACUUUCUCUAUAUAAGACCGUUCACAGUGGGUUUAGAAGGUAUGCAAAACUUGGCUCAGAAAUGUAUGCAGCUGAAACCAUCCUCCAAUUACAAUGGAUUGAUAAGACUUCUUACUGGUAUUUUUGGAGAAAAUCCGGAGGUUGUUUUAGCAGAGUGCUCAAAGUCAUUUGGAUCAUGGAUGGUUGUUCAUGCCAUGGAAUUGUUGACAGCUAGUAGUGAUAAUUUUGGUAUUCUGCUGCAUGAGGAACGGUAUAACUUGGGAGGUAUCAGCAUAGAGGAACUCCAUCGGCUUGGUUAUGCCCAAGUUUUGUCCUCUCAUCCUUUGACCUGGCAAAUUGCACCAACUUAUCUAGCAUCAUGCCCAAAGCAAGGUCUAGGUUUGCUGGAGAUUUUACUUUACAGACAGCCUGUACAAAAUUAUCAGUUAGUACUCAAGACUCUGGAGAUUUGUCGUUUAUAUGAACUGGAAAACAUCAGUUCAAGCAUCAUGAAGAUUGCUGGCAUGUGCCAUUGGAAGCAUGGUAGAAAAGGGUCUGGGGUUUACUGGUUUCAGCAAGCAGGUGACAAAGUUUCUCUUGACAGGAUUGCUCAACAGCUAUUUGAAAGUAUUGGGAAGUCAGUCUCUGAUGAUAGUUUCAAGCAAUGGGAGGGUUUGAUUGAAUUGCUUGGUUCAGAUGUUGGGACUGCCGGAGGCCUUGAGUUUCUUCACAAAUAUCGGGAUUUUAAACGAUCCCUUCACCUGGCGUUAGAAGGGAGAGCUGUCGAUGCUGCUCGACAGUCCAUGCAAUCACUUAUUCAGCUUAUGAGGAAUCCGUCUACACCGCAACGUUUCUGGCUCCCUCUUUUGCAUGACUCGGUUACUUUGUUGAAUUGGAAACCCCAGCCUCUAUUAAAUGUUGCCGAAACAAAUUUGCUGCUAAACAAGCUUCAAGAAUUAUCCAUGGCGAAGCUGCGCCCAGAUUACUGCGACACCAACUUGCCACCGCAAGCACUAAGCUCAGUUAGAUUAGCUCUCGCUGCAAAUCUCGGGCGUGCCAUUCUUGAAGAAUGCUGAGUUUAUUCACACUGUCAACUUCAUGGCUAAGCCAUUCUCAUUGUGGUAAAUUUCGAAUCAGCAGCAAUACUCAACACCGAUCCCUCUGAAGCUCAUUGAGGAAUGGAGCAACAAUGUAUCAUCGACGAGUAGCUUUCGACUCUGCAGCUUGUUUAUUUUUGGGAUCAUUAGUGUAACGUUAUGUGUUAUUUUCUUUAAUAUCGGACUGGCGAAAGUGGUACACCUAAUUUAUGUACAAUGCCAUAACUUAAAACUUUCUUGAAGAAGCUUGUUGUACAGUUCUGCUAAAAUUUUUACCAAUUUGAUACGGAGAGAAGGCAAAAUACUGACUAGAAUUGGAUGAGUUACAAGAGAUUAUCUAAGAAUAGCUUAUUAUGUA